AUACAUAAAUAAAAUCUGCUCCUUCGUGCAGACGUGCACACCAUCUCCAACAAGCUAUAUUCAAGGCUUCAAUAAUACGGAAAAAAAAAGAAGGGAAAUUGAAGUCCUGGCCGGCGCAGCUGGCCUUUCUGGCUUCACCUCCUAUUUUUGUCAGUUCCGUUCUUGUAUUCCGCCGUUUCAUCAAGGACUAAUUAAGCUAAGCCAAACUGUUGGAUCCCUUACUUCCUUGAAAACCGCAUCACCUUCAGGUUUCUGCACCUUGAAUCCCAUUCUUCGCCUCGCCAUUAUCCUUUAGUUGCAAUUGCAUUGUGGAUUUGCGGUGCCGUUGAUCUAGCCGCGCGUGCAUGUGCACGCGAGCACGGACGACGCAGGCGGCAGGCCGGCUAGCGCGCGCCCGCGCCGUCGCGACGUGAUCCGGCGAUGGGGUGCGCAACCUCCACCGAGGCGCGGCGCGACAUGGUGUGGGUCGGCGCCGACGCCCCCUCGCGCCGGAGCUUCUCGCUGCCCUCCGUCGACCGCCAGCGUCUGCGGCUUAGGGCCGGUUCGAUGCUCGGCACCCUCGGCCUCGCCGGCAGCGCCCGUCACUCCGGCUCGUGCAGGCACGCGACGCUGUCGGUGGAGGAGAUGAUGAAAGGCGACAACGACCACGGCGCGGACGCGGUGCUCCUCGGCGACGACGCGGCGAAGCGGCCCUUGAAGCCCCGCACGCCGACGCUGACGCCGCCCAACGAGCCUGAGGUGAUCAACGCGUGGGAGCUCAUGGCGGGGCUCGAGGACGACGAGCCGACGCCGCGCGCCCCGUACAAGAAUCUGCUACUCGAUGAGCCGCCGCAUGAGUUCGUCUUGGAGGCGCCGCCGCUGCCGCAGUGGAUGCAGGCCGACAUGGACAUACCCGUCGCCUUAGACUUCGACCCGGAGGUACUGUCCGGAUUCCGGGAGGCGCUAGAGGGCACGACGCCGUCGCCGGAGCCUGCUGUUGUCUCGUCCGCCGAGGACGAGACACCCAGGGAGCAGGAGCCGCAGAAUAGGAAGGGCGCGGAUGCAUGUGACAUGCCAAUGUCGCCGCCGUCGCCGGAGCCUGCGGUUGUCUCGUCCGCUGAGGACGAGACACCCACCAGGGAGCAGGAGCGGAAGGAUAGGAAGGACGCGGAUGCAUGUGACAUGCCAAUGUCGCCGCCGUCGCCGGAGCCUGCGGCUGUGGUUGUCUCGUCCGCCGAGGACAAGACACCCAGGGAGCAGGAGCGGAAGGAUAGGAAAGACGCGGAUGCAUGUGUCAUGCCAAUGUCGCCGGCCACCGGCGACAUGCCGCCGGAGCUUUCCGGGCUUGUCCGUGCCCGCAUCAUCGCGUUCCAAGAGAGGAUCGAACGGAGGCGAACCAAGGGCCGCGACGCCAAGCUGUCGCCCCUGUGGCCGCCGGGGGGCGAGCGGAAGGCGGUGGUGUACUUCACGAGCCUCCGCGGCGUGCGCAAGACGUUCGUGGACUGCUGCGCCGUGCGCAGCAUCCUGCGCAGCUACGGCGUGCGCCUGGACGAGCGCGACGUCUCCAUGCACGCCGUCUUCAAGGCCGAGCUCGCGGACCUCCUCGGGCCCGGGUUCGCAGGCGCCGCGCUCCCGCGCGUGUUCAUCGACGGCCAGUACCUCGGCGGCGCCGAGGACGUGCACUUCCUGCACGAGGCGGGCGAGCUCGGGCGCGCCCUGGAGGGGUGCGAGGCCGCGCCCUCGCGGAAGCUCGGGUACAUGGAGGCAUGCGCCGCCUGCGGCGACGUCCGGUUCGUGCCGUGCGAGACGUGCUACGGCAGCUGCAAGAUCUUCGUCGAGGACGACGACGCGGACGACAGGUAUCACGACGUCGGCGAGUUCCGGCGGUGUUCCGAUUGUAAUGAGAAUGGCCUCGUCAGAUGCCCCGUCUGUUGCUGUUGAUGCUUGUACCGCGUAAGCUAUGGGUAGAUCAGUUGUUUUUUUACUGUACUUUGUAGUUUGUACAGUGUGGACAGCAUUAUAACAUAAUUUUGAUAGGAACAGGAUCCUUAUAAUAAUUCCGUGCUUAGUGCCUAUACUGUUUUUCAUGUGUCAAAAUAAAGGAAUUUCAGGA